CAACGGUACGAUAUCCAACAUGUUGUGUAAUAUCUCAUUUGAUCGGUUGACACAGUCCGAGAAAGCCGUUACCGUUUCAUCUCAAGAAAUUUACAAUGUAACUUAUCUCCUAAACUAAACGGAUGGAUCUGAUAGAUAAAGCUUGUGAUGUUCAUAAAUUGGCUACGAAUUGAUGUUAUGCAUAAAUUUGAUUUAAUUACAUAUUGACACAUAAUUACUUAUGUUUUCAAAUGAAGAAAUAAAUUGAAGUAUUCUGACCAGGUAGAUAGGGCAAUGUCAUUAAAAAAUUGUUUGAAGAUACCUCAAAGAUGGAUUAUCGUGAUUCUAGGAUUUGUAGGUCUCUUCAAUGAAUAUGCCAUGCGUAUUUGUUUAUCUAUAGCUAUCACCGAAAUGACAUUGCCUCCCAACGAUACUAUAAUAGUUACUGAUGGAAUUUGUUCUGGACAUUAUGAUGGUAAUACUACAUAUUCCGUACACGUAAAUCGUUUCAAUAUAACCAAAUAUGAUUGGAGCGAACAUACUCAGGGUCUCAUUCUUUCUUCUUUUUACUGGGGGUACAUAUUUACCAAUUUACUUGGCGGUAUCAUAAGUCAAAAAUUUGGGGGAAAACAUACUCUAGGUUUAAGCAUUCUUUUUACCUCAUUGUUCACUCUGAUAACACCCACAAGUAUUUAUUGGGGUAGUUCAACUGCACUGAUAGUUUUGCGACUAGUUAUGGGUCUCGGAGAAGGCACAGCUUAUCCAGCACUCAACGAUUUGUUGGCACAUUGGAUUCCAGAAAACGAACGAUCUAAAGCUGGAUCGAUGGUUUUCAGCGGUGCACCACUGGGUACGAUUUUUGGGAUGUUAGGUUCUGGCGUGAUACUGCAAAAUUCGCAAAACGGUUGGCCGAUGGUGUUUUACUUUUACGGAACUGUCGGACUGGCGUCUUUCUUGUUGAAUGCGGCAUUUUGCUACAGUAAACCAAGCGACAAUCCGUUCAUCACGGAAGAGGAGUUAAGCUACCUAAAAAGAAAAUUGAAAAACAAGCAUUCGAAUCUACCAUCGACACCCUGGCGUUGCAUACUAAAAUCUCCACCAGUAUGGGCAUUGAUCGUUGUAUCAGUUGGUAAUGCAUGGGGAUUUUUGACAAUAAUCAGCGACAUGCCAAAGUACAUGAGUAGCGUCUUGAAAUUUUCCGUACAAGACAAUGGCUACUUAUCAUCCAUACCAUAUCUCUCAAUGUGGAUAGGUAGCACAGUCACAUGUUGGAUUGCCGACAAAGUCAUUACCAAACAGAUUGUUUCGAUAACCGGUGUAAGGAAGAUCGGCUGCACUAUAGCCUCACUUGGUCCUGCAAUAUUUCUCGUUGCAGCUUCUUAUGCUGGAUGUGAUGGUUUUCUCGCGAUUACUCUAUUGACGUUAGGAUUGACGCUUAUGGGAUGUGCUUUCUUCAGCUUGGUUAUUAAUGCUCUCGAUUUAAGUCCAAAUUACGCUAGUUCAAUUAUGGGACUUGUCAAUGGAAUUUCCGUCAUUGGUGGCAUGCUGUCUCCUUACAUUGUUGGCGUGAUAACACCCAAUCAAACGAUUAGUGAGUGGCGAAUCGUAUUUUGGAUUGUUUUUGCUCUUUUUAUCACGAGCAAUUUCGUAUAUUUGAUUUACGGCAGUGCGGAUGUGCAAGAAUGGAAUAAUCCAAAUUUUAAAAAUCAGAAGAUACUUACGGAUGAAGAUAAUGUUGCAGAAUCUUUUUUACCUGUGAAUGAAAAAUUUUGAUCUAAUUUUGAUACGAAUUAAUUUUAUAUAUUACUAGAGUUUUUUUAAAUCUGUCAUCUAAAUAGUAAAAAUUAACUUAAAAGUAUUAAAUAUUGGAUUUUUAUAAUAUUAUGUCCACAAGAGACCCCAUGUUAAAUAAAUAAAUUAAUUGGCCGGUAGUAAUACAAUUAACCAUUGAAAUACAUACGCUUGUAAUUUUUCCAACGAGCUUUUCAUUGAAAUGUUUAAAUUAUCAGUAAACGUGCUAUUUUUUAUGAUAGUACGAAUGGAAUAUGUUCAAAUCGUACGAACAUUAAAAUUUUCUUUUUUUAUUAUUUUAUCGCUAAAAAACAAAAAAAACAAACUACAUAAUGAUGUAGGAUUUCAUACAAUGUAUCUUUAUUAGUUGUUUUUUACGAUUUUAUAAAACAAUUGUAUUU